CGCCCCCUUUUCUUCUCACUAUAACACGCACCACUCUCUAGCUACCUCGAUCACCACCUCUCUCUCUCUCAAGCAGCAAGCAAACCAAAUUAACUCCUCCAACCAAGAGACAUAGUACAGAGAGAUCGAGCUAUGAUGCAAAUCCUCUGCGAGUGUUGCAACAGCGACCACCGUUCUUCCUCCACUCCGAUGGCCACCACCACCUCCUCUUCCGCCUCCGAUCCCGCCGCCAUUUCGCCGACGCCCUCGCAGCAACAUGCCAGCAGCACGGUGAAGACAUUGGAUGACCGGCGGCCUGCUGGCACCAGCAGCAGCGCCGGCGAGACGGAACCGAAGGCGGCGGUUGAGCCGCAGGAGUACCCACGGCGACCCGGAGUGCCGGACUGCAGCUACUACGUGGAGUUCGGGAGCUGCAAGUUCGGGAUGCGCUGCCUGUACAACCACCCUGCGAAGCAUGCCGGCGGUUGCGACAAGCUGGAGCACCCGCAACGGCCCGGGGAGCACGACUGCCUCCACUACCUGAGGUUCGGGAGAUGCAAGUACGGGAUGAACUGCAGGUUCAACCACCCUCCCGACCGCCUGCCUCAGCAGCAAGUGUAUUUUCCUUGGAAAGCUUGCCACUGCCACCAUAGUGAAGGAAAAAGUGAAGCUGAGCAUGUAAAGCUGAACUUUCUUGGGCUUCCACUUCGUCCUGGGACUGGAUUGUGCUCAUACUACAUGAACCGCGGAAUCUGUAAAUUUGGCAGUAAUUGCAAGUUUCACCAUCCAAAUUCAGGCUCAGGUCAUGAGAAGUGGGAUGGCUCUCUCCAAACCAAUCAAAUAUCCUCGGGAGUGAACAUUUACUCGGUCCUUGACCAUGGAGAAUUAAAUGAGCAACCUGUUCCAUCUAAAGAUGAUUUUCAGCGUGGGAAUUCAUGUUUUCAGCCUGCUGAGCAAAUCCGUUACACAAGGGAUCAACUUCUCAAACUGCGCGAGACUGUUGAUGUACCUAAGGACAUCAUGAAACUUAUUCAAGAUAUUAAUGUAGAACUCCGUGCUGAAGAUGAAAGUCGGGCUCCAAAUGAAACAAAUUAUGUACCAACUCUGUCAUAUAAACGCUUUCAGGAGACUGACAGCCAUGACUGGCAUUCACGGUCUUUACAAACUCCAGUGGUUGCCGAGGAAGAGAAAUCUCAGGACGAUACUCGUGAAGCAAAAGAACCCUAUGCUUUAGGUUGGAAGCAAAAGGAGUUUAACAAGCAAGACCAAAAAAGCUUCCAGUCUGAUUCUAAAGCUCAGGCUGGCCCCACCUUGGCUCUUCAUAAGGCUGAAGACCCUUGGUCAAUCCAGAGAAGCACUGUCCCUGAGAAAUACAAAGUUCUUAAAACAGUAAAAGGUAUACUGAACUUAUUGACACCAGAGAAGUUCGAUAUUCUGAAGGACCAACUAAUAGAAGCAGGAAUCACUAGAACCGAUAUUUUGAAGGAUGUUAUUGAUCUUAUAUUAGAGAAGGCGGUUGCUGAACCAACUUUAUGUCCGAUGUAUGCCCAAUUUUGCUCUUAUCUAAAUGAAAAUAUCACAGCAUUCCCCCCAAAAGACACUCAUUGUGAACAAAUUACAUUCAAACAAGCACUAUCGGACAAAUGUCAACAAGCAUUUGAAAUUGCUCGCAAUGUUCGAGCCGACAUCUACAAAUUGACUGGACGAGAGCAAGAGAUGGAGCGACGGGAUAAAGAAAGGCUAGUGAAACAUCAAAUACUUGGAAAGAUUCGUCUUAUUCGUGAUCUGCUCAAGCAAAAAAUGGUCCCAGAUAAGAUAGUACAUCACAUUGCUCAGGCAGUGACGGAUUGUGAAAAUUUUCACUUUGAACCACUUGAGAAUGUUGAUUUGCUAAAUAUAAUCUUUGACGGCGUGCUGGAUUCGGUUUUACCAGGAACUGAAGCUAAUAAAGUUGUCAAUGCUAUUAUUGGUAUCGAGAAAUGUUCCAUUGCUUCAAAUGAUGCUGGGAUCAUUCAUAAGGAUGUUAAUAGGCGAAAUGAGGAGGCAAAAUUACAAAAAUCUUCUAAUGAUAUCCCGAAUAACUUGAUCGAUCCUCAGAAAAAUUAUGUGGUUUCAGCUUUUGGUCAUCCCAUUGAGAAUGAGAAGCAAACAAAUUCAGAAACAUCCGUGAGAAUCAGUGAAGUAGGAUGCGGUAUUUCUGAGAUCAUGGAGUUAAUUGUUAAUGCUGGUGCUGAGGAAGGCAGUGAUGAGCAUUUCAUUGCUACCCUAUUAUUUAUUAAACCUGAAUAUAGGGAAAUAUUUCUUACCCUCAAUAGCCCUCAAGGAAGACUUCGGUGGCUAAAAAGGAUGUGCAAAGUGAAGGAAUAAGUGUUGAAUCUCAGUUCCAUUGUGCCUAGCUAUUGUCUACUCCAAAAGGCGUGUAUCUAUUAAUGAGACCAUUGUGGUGUGCCAUGUAAUGCUACUUAAUUUUAUUAAUUUGCUCUUUUGUAUAUCAAGUAGUAGGUUUUAAACCCACGUUUGCGUUUGACUAUAUUUCAGUGAGUUCAGUUCUUAUGUGAUUAGUUACACGUACAGUGUAUCCUUAAUCUAUGUUUGCUAAACAUAGUGCUGCUCUUGUUAUGCACCGCAAUUGAACGUUGUGGCUUAAUCAAACAUUUUGUCGUGAUA